AGAGAUAUUCGAUAUUCGAUCCGAUCCGAUCUGCAAAUGUGCGGAUCGGAUCGGAUCCGACAUUUAAAAGUGCGGAUAUCAUAUCCGAUUCGAUCGAUGGACACCCCUCAUGAUACAUGAUAUCCACGACUAUCGUGAUUUUGUUGCCAAAAUUAAAAAUUUAUCUAAUUUCGUAUUGGCAGGAAAUAAAUACAAUACUCGGUAAUAACUAAUCAAUUUUGUCUCCUUUUUUUGGGCGAAAAAAAAUCAUUUUCGCUUUGUGCUAAUGAUGGAGUAAUUAAUGUAAUUAGUUUGUGAAUGGACGUUAACGGAUCACAGAUGGAUGUCCUUCAGUCUUUGUUUUAGUAAUUAUUUUUGUUUUUAUCCACUAGCCACUAAGUCAGCAACAAAUGAGUAGUAUUUACUAUUUAGUCACCAAAAGAAAAUGAGUAGUAUUUAAUUUAGAUCAAUUUAAUUCGGUGGAGACCUCAAUUUCUCCAACAUUUCUAUUGCUUGAAGGCGAGACAAAUUUUCGGGAUUAAUAACUCUCUUCAACAUUUAAUUAUUUGUUAAAAAAAAUAAAUUGCAAUAUUAUGCUUAUCAUACGAAUAUCUGAAGAGAAUGUGGAAUCAAAUAGAGUAACUAAUCACACUAAUAAUUCUGAGUAAUCAUAAUCAACCAAUCAAAUAGAGUAACUUAAAUGAAAUUAUAAUCCGCAAUGAAUUAAUUUUUGUUUUUUUAACCUGUGGGGACGAGAGAUACCAUCGACAACAAGUCAAAUAGAAUAACUAAUCAUAUUAAUAAUGAUUAAUUCUCAUUAUUUAUACACUAUCAUUUUCUUUUAUUUUAUUCAAAUUUUAUUAAUUAAUUAAGCAUACAAAUUAAUAUUUCCGUAAUAUACAAAUUAAUUGCUGAUUGAGUUAAAGAAGGAAGAAAUCGAUCAUAUCAUAAGGUCCCAAUUAAAAAAAAAGAAAAUUUCUCGGGACAACCUGUGCAUUGAAGAAGGAGCCUGAAGUUGAUGCCCCUCCAUAAUUGUUCUCGGAGCAGAAGUUAGAACAUUCACUUUGCAAAUUCCUAAAGGAGUCAUCAUCAUAAGGCAAUAUGGAGAACUCUCUUGCUGAAAUGAUUUGUGUUCUAAAAAUAAAUACACAAUGUGAUGGAUGUAAAAUGAAGGUGAUGCAAGUUUUGAGGAACAUCAAUGGGGUGUACAACAUCACCAUUGAUGGAGAACGAGGAACGGUGAGAGUUACUGGCAGAGUGAAUCCAAGUAAAAUAUUAGGGUUACUAGAGAAAUAUGGUAAACAUGCUGAAGUCAAAUAUAUAAAGUUUGAUGGUGAAGUUUUAGAUAGAAGAACUCUUCCUUAUUAUUAUGGAGGAAGAGGUGGUAGUGGUGGUGGUGAUUUUUAUGCUCCCUAUUCUAUGGGAUCAUAUCCUCCACAUUUAUGUUACCAAGCAAGUCUACCUCUGCCAUUGCCGCCGCCACCACCACCACCACAAUACCAUCCUCAAUUAGUACCAUUAUAUCCUCCUCCACCAGCACCGGUUUGGCCGCGGCCUUAUGGACCUCCUCCUUUAACAUCUUAUUGGCCGCCGCCGCCGCCGUUGCCGCCUUUCUGCCCUAGGCCAAAUAAAAUGGCAACAGAAGAUUCUUGUGCAAUAAUGUAGUGUCUCUUAUUACAACUGAAUUUUGUAAUUAUUUUGUGAUACUUUGGAUAAUUGGUUUUGAAAGACAGAAAAUUAUAGUUCAAAUUUCUGCCUUAAAGAUAUUAUAAUUAGGAUCAGAGAGGGGAUUGAUAAUUUCUUUGUUCUCUUAUUUUGUGGGACAAUUGAUCCUCAUGCUAUAUAUGUUGCAUGGU